AUGGCCGUGCCGGCUCCCCACAACAAAGCUUUUGGCCAAGCCUUCCUCUCCGCAGGCCUUGGGGUACUUGCAGCCUCCGAGACCUACCCCCUGCCCAUGAGCAGCUCCAGCUGGGAGCCCCGGCUGGUUUCUCCGUUCCCAUCAGGCCUUUCCACCGGCUCCACAGGGGCCCAAGCCAUGGGUGAGCCCACCGGGCAGGGCCCCAAGAACCCGCACGUGUCCAGCGUGACGGUCCAGCUGGAGAUGAAGGCUCUGUGGGAGGAGUUCAACCAGCUGGGCACAGAGAUGAUCGUCACCAAGGCAGGCAGGAGGAUGUUCCCCACCUUCCAGGUGAAGAUCCUGGGCAUGGACUCGCUGGCUGACUACGCCCUGCUCAUGGACUUCGUGCCCCUGGAUGACAAGAGAUACAGGUGUGGGGGCCACCGGGUGGCUCAUUCCUCCGGAGACUUCAAGUCCUUCGUGUUCACGGAGACCCAGUUCACGGCCGUGACGCCGUAUCAGAACCACCGGAUCACGCAGCUGAAAAUCGCCAGCAACCCUUUCGCCAAGGGCUUUAGAGAGAGUGACCCGGACUCCUGGACUGCAUCUGCACAGCCCCUGCCCAGCGUCCCCGCCCGGAGUCGCAGCAGCCUCGGGCCCUGCCUGCUGAGGGGCUCCGCAGAGCAGGAGAAAGAUCCCAACAAAGCUCCAGCUUCCACCUCCAGGAGCCCUGCUCGGCUCCACCACCAGCUGCUGGCCAGCCCUGAGGCUCUGCUGGCCCCCGCCACCUACCGGGCCCUCGCCUAUCAGGACCUGUACCCUGGAGCCUCAAGCUCUCUUGGAAUCCCAAGGGCCCGGCCAACGCCGUAUCCCCUCCCCAAUAUCCAGGCUGACAGGGAUCAGGGGGGCCUGUCCCUCCCAGCUGGGAUGGGGCUCCUGGCCCCCACUGCCGCGUGCCUGAGGUCUCACCAGGACCCUCAGUGAUGAGGGGUACCCUGUGGACACAGUCCUCUUACCCUGGACCCCACGCCCUCCAGCCUCACCUCUGCAGAGACCCCCGCCUUCCCAAGGAGAGCAGUGAACACAGAA